AUGACGGAGGCACGGCACGCCGCUUUGCAAGGCAACACUUCAUCAGGAACGGUCACGGUGACAAUCGACCCUGAUACCGGCUAUUUCGUGAACCUCGACGAUAUCCGAGAUAUAGAGUACCCGGCCCUUGCGGAGACCACGUAUCUCGACCAUGCCGGGACGACGCUGUACGCAAAGAGCCUGAUCGAGGCAUAUUCGAGAGAACUCACCGGCAAUCUGUUCGGAAACCCGCAUUCAGCCUCGGCGUCGUCGCAGCUGUCUUCUCGCCGGAUCGACGAUAUCCGGCUUCAGGCCUUGCGGUUCUUCAAUGCAGACCCCGACGAGUUCGAUCUGGUAUUUGUGGCCAAUGCCACCGCAGCUAUCAAACUUGUAGGCGAUGCCCUUCGAGACCAGGGUAAUGGUUUUCGUUACCACUAUCAUGGUGAAGCUCAUACCAGCGUUGUCGGACUGAGAGAGAUUGCUGCCCUGGGUAGUUCUUGUCUAGCCAACGACAGGGAAGUUGAUGACUGGUUGAGCAAGGUCGGACCCGACGCAAAGGUAAACCAUAAAGAUGUCUCUCUACUGGCGUAUCCUGCACAAUCAAACAUGACAGGCCGGCGACUCCCUCUGCAAUGGUGUCGAAGAGUAAAUGAGACAAGAACGUCAACAGGCAGCCCUAUCUUCACCCUGCUCGAUGCUGCUGCGCUCGUGUCAACGGCGCCCCUGGAUUUAUCGGACAGCCUCACUGCUCCUGACUUCAUUGCUCUGAGCUUCUACAAGAUCUUCGGCUUUCCAGAUGUGGGAGCCCUCAUUGUGCGCAAAACAUCCGGCCAUAUCUUACGGCGGCGGAAGUACUUCGGUGGCGGGACAGUCGACAUGGUGACAAUGUUUGGCGAUACCUGGCACGCAAAGAAGGAGUCUUCGUUGCAUAGCUGUCUGGAGGACGGAACAUUGCCCUUUCAUAACAUCAUUGCUCUGCAGGUCGCCUUCGACACCCACCGAAGAAUUUAUGGAUCCAUGACCAACAUUUCCAGGCACACGACCUUUCUGGCGUCUGUCCUGCGACGUCGACUGCAGAGCUUGAAACACGGAAACGGAAGUCAAGUCUGCACCAUUUACACCGAUAACUUCUCCCUCAAUAACUCCCAAGGGCCCGUGAUCACCUUCAAUUUGAGAGAUAAGCAGGGGAACUACGUCAGCAAUACUGAAGUCGAGAAACUUGCAAUCGUCAAGAACAUCCAAUUCAGAACUGGCGGUCUCUGUAAUCCAGGGGGAGUGGCGUAUCAUCUCGGAUUGUCUACAGAGGAGAUGCAGCGGAAUUAUGCAGCCGGACAGCGAUGUGGAGGUGACAACGACAUCUUCGGAGGCAAGCCGACAGGUGCUAUUCGAGUGAGUCUAGGGCCGAUGAGCAACCUGAAAGAUGUGGAAACUCUUGUCAGCUUCGUACACGAGUUUUAUGUCGACUCUUGUCUGCCGUUAUCAACAUCUAUCCCCACCUACUCCUUGCCGAGUCAACCAACCGGAUCCUUCUUCGUCGAGAGUCUGUCGGUUUUCCCCAUCAAGAGCUGCGCAGCCUUCAAAAUACCAGCCGACGUGCCCUGGGACGUAGGUCCGAUGGGCCUUGCGUGGGAUCGGGGGUGGUGUCUCGUGCAUGAAGGGACCAAUGUUGCCCUCAGCCAGAAGCGGUUUCCACGAAUGGCACUUAUCCGGCCCACCAUCGAUCUCCGAACAAGAGUGCUCAGGCUCUCAUUCGACUUGGAGUCGUCGAGUACUCGGCUAUUGGAGGUCAGUCUGGACUCAAGUCCGACAUCAAGUAUCCAUCUCAAGAAGACGUGCGACGCACCCACCAUAAACAAGUCGUCGAACGUUUGUGGCGAGGAUAUCGAUGUCGAUGUCUAUACUUCGGCAGAAGUAUCAGGCUUCUUCACCGAAGCACUGGGCGUGCCAUGCACGCUGGCCAAGUUCCCCACUGACGGCACCAUCCGACAGGCGAAAGUACGAGUACCUGGAUCCAGUCGAGGCAAGCAAGCGACUGCACCGGGUAAAUCGAUCGCGCUUUCCAAUGAGAGUCCGAUACUUCUGAUCUCGCGGUCAAGCGUGAACCGGCUGAACGAACAGAUCAAGCACAACGGCGGCAUCGGCCAAGCCGUGGCUGCCGAUUCUUUCCGAGGCAACAUCGUCAUCGCCCAAGAGCUGUACGGUGGACAAGCGGAGUCGCCGUACGUCGAGGAUGAUUGGAACAGCCUCCAGAUCGGGGGUGACGAGACUAGUAGCUGUUCGUUCGAGGUCCUCGGGCCGUGCCAACGAUGUCAGAUGGUGUGUGUGGAUCAGAGGAGUGCUCAGCGCCGACAGGAGCCUUUCAGUACCUUGGCCAAAACCAGGCGGAAGGACGGAAGGGUCUGGUUUGGCAUGCAUAUGUGUUUGUCGACAGAAAGUGAUUGGACUCGCCCGUUGGCCAGGAUCCAGGUCGGUGACAGGGUGGUGCCGAAGUGA